UUUUUCUUGGCCCGCUAAUUAAUUAUUUUCCAAAUUUUCAGCAUUACAUUUAAAGAAUAUAUUUAUUAUUUCUAUUCUAUAGUGAGCUAGUGAGCUGAGCGAUGAAGAUUAUUAUAUGAGGGCAGAUUCAGGGGCCAUUCUUUGGUCCACUCAAUUCAAUGGGGUCCAUUUUAUCACUGGCUCUCCUCACAUUGUUCCUCCUCUCCGCCUCCUCUUCCUCCUCGGUCAUUCGCCGCUAUUUACCGGAAGAUUCAGCUACGCCGGCCAACAUUGUUGCUGCUUGCAAUGCCUCACGUGACCCAGCGUUGUGCGAACGCGCAUUGACCCAAUCUGGUCAACUGCCGCCAAACGCAACUGCGCUCCAGAUUCUCCAGUCCGUACUGAAUCUCACUUUCCAGCAUCUGGAUACCGCGGAAUCGCAGGUGAAGGAUAUUCUGGCCGGAUCUACUGGGAAUCUGAACCGGACGCAGGCUGCCAACAAUUCCCUUGAGGCAAUUGGGUAUUCUAGGUAUCGGGUCGGGUUGACGGAUCGGUACGGUCUGGAUGGCGAUAAGAUGAAGGACGGGCGUGCGUGGCUGAGCGCCGGCCUGGCUUUCCAGUACGGCAGCUGGUCCGCCUUUAGCUUGGUGAAUGACACGGCGCAGGUUGUUAAUACUAUGGCGUUUAUCAAUGACACCUUAAUUCCGAUGACCAGCGCCGGGCUGAGCAUGUUAGCGAAUUAUGAUGUGUACGGCGAAAACACCGCUUUGUGGGGCCCGCCCAAGACCGAACGGAACGGGUACUGGGAGCCUGCCGACAAGUCCGGGUUGGAUUUUGAAGGCGGCGUGCCCAAGGGCUUGAACCCGAACGUGACGGUUUGCAACGGCGGCGGAUGCGACUACAAGACGGUGCAGGAGGCGGUUGAUGCGGCGCCGGACUCUAAACCAACGGAGCGGUUCGUGAUUUGGAUCAAAGCAGGAGUAUACAAUGAAACGGUUAGGGUACCGUUGUACAAGUUUAACGUGGUUUUCUUAGGAGACGGGAUUGGGAAAACCGUGAUUACGGGGUCUCUAAAAGUGGGUCAACCUUUGAUGACAACCUACGAAUCCGCGACGGUUGGAGUAUUGGGAGAUGGAUUCAUGGCAAGCAAUCUUACAUUCGAGAACACGGGAACUGGUUCUCAGGCAGUGGCCUUCCGAUCCGACAGCGACCACACCGUGGUAGAAACCUGCGAAUUCAGAGGGAACCAAGACACUCUGUACGCCAAAUCCAUGCGCCAAUACUACAAAUCCUGCCGCAUCCAAGGAAACGUAGACUUCAUCUUCGGGAACGCCGCCGCCUUCUUCAAGGACUCAGAAAUCCUGGUCGUGCCCAGAGCAGUGGACCCAGAGAAAGGCGAGAACAACGCCGUCACGGCCCACGGGAGGAUCGACCCUGCGCAGACUACAGGAUUCGUGUUCCACAAUUGCACCGUCAAUGGCACCCAGGAGUACCUCAAACUGUACUAUAAAAAUCCCAAGGUGCACAAGAACUUCCUUGGGAGGCCAUGGAAGGAGUAUUCGAGGACAGUUUUUAUAGGGUCAAGGUUUGAGGUUAUAGUUUCCAAGGAAGGAUGGCUUCCGUGGAAAGAUGAUUUUGCACUGAAUACCCUUUAUUACGGGGAAUUGGAAAAUACGGGAGGCGGGGGAAGCACAGCUGGGCGUGUGAAUUGGAGCAGCAUUAUUCCGGUAGAGCAUGUAAACUCAUAUUCGGUUCAUAAUUUUAUCCAAGGUGAUGGUGAUGGUGAUGGAUGGAUUCCUCCUCCUAAAUCUAGCUAGUCCAUUAACCCAAACACCAAAAUGGGGGUUUUAAUAAAAACAAGAAUAUUGUUUUUAAA